CUCCGUAGCCGGGGGACUGAUCCUCACUACCGUAAAUAGGGGAAAUCGCCAUCCCACGUUGUAAACUGUCAACCCAGGCAAGGAUCAGACGAAAUCAGAAAGAUGUCACAAGAAACCGAAUCGGAAAUACCUAAUUCGGAUCUAGAGCAACUGGAUCAGCCAGCCACUGGAAGUUUUCAUUGCCUUCACACUUAUCCGCCUCUGCACAUAGCCAUCCAUGGAAUGUCGGCCCUGAUCCACACCCGUUUGUCCCAGGCGGCUCUUGACCUCUGCCUUGAGCUCUUGGAGGCGGGGGUCAAUCCCAAGACCCUGGCCGAAGUGAUCCUGCACGUGUUCGACGUCAAGGAGAAAAUUAAGGCACCCACAAGUUACUAGACGUCAAUAUAUGUAUUAAAACUUUCCUACAGACACGCUGAUUAGUCUUAUCACAUCCGACCUGCUCAACUCAACCCUCAACCUUGGACGUGAUCACCACGAAGAAAUCCCUUAUUCGAUAAGCAAUAUCAGUUAUUAUUGGCACUUACUAUCAUAAAACGUUGAUAAAUGCGGCAGUUAAAUGGUUUCCUUUCUCUAGCAGGUGUUCUAUUUUUGAAAUCAUUUUUGCAUACCCUGGUCUCAUGCGGUUCCUGAUUAAACUUGAGCUUUAACAUUUGGUUGAUCUCUCCUGUUUGUCUUUGGUUCGAUCUUGAAAAAAAAUUCACAUUAUCGGGAAAAAAUGCAUAUUCUUUCUGACUUUGAAAUUAACCUAAGCUCGAAAAUUCUCUUUAGAUUUAGUUUUAAAUUGGUCUCUUCCGACCAGGUUAACAAGUUUA